AAAUAAAAUCAUAAAAUUCUUAUAUAAACAAUACCUGCUGAGAAACAUCAUAAUCAUCAGCAGGAGCGGUAGUAUCAGCAUCAUUUCAUACAAGAAAUAUUAUCUAACACAAACAUACAUAUAGAGACAACAAUAAAGUAUGUGGUGACAUUGGAGAUGUUUGAAAAUUGAUAGAAAUUUUAUCAACUAAAUUAUGGAAUCACACUGUGCACUGUGGCUUGAUUGUCUGGACAGAAAGGCGAUGAUGUGUAAAUGAUAAACUGCAUAGCAGUUGCUGGUCAAUUUAGAUAAGAAAUAAAGUCAUAUAUAAAAUGCAUUUACCAAACCCAUUUGACAUCUUAGUAAUUACAUUCAAUUCAAAAGUUCAACACUUCCACAGAGAUAGAAAGAGAAGAAAUCAAAUCGACAAACAUAUUUAGUUGAAAAAGUUAAACGAACAUUUUACUCAAAUGAAUCACUACCCACAUCAACACCAGCAGAAACGACAACAUAGUCCUGAUGAAAAAACAACAGGCAUGAUUUUACAGGAUGCAUGCACAUCCUUAACACAAAAUCUCCAAAUGCAAUCCAUCAAUUCGUAUCAGCACAUAAGCUCUCAAUAUAUUGAUCAGGUUGUGGAAAUUGAAAUGAAACGUUUAAAAGCCAAUUGCAGACGAGAAGAAGAAAAUUAUGUUGAACAAAUGCUUUUGGAAAAUCCCAUAAUUGUCGAAAGACGUACAACACCAACAACUCUAACAACAUCAUCUCUAACUGAAACAAAUAAUAAUAAUGAAGCCACUGAUUACUGUUACUCAACUGUUCAAGAUGUCAAUGUAGGCAAGGAUGAAGAAAUGUUUGGACAACAACAACGUUCAGAAUCGUGUCGUCGCUCUCGCAUCAAUAACAAAAUUAAAAAAGCCAAAUCGAAAUAUCGUCAUAAGUUCAUGUCGAAUAAACUGCUGCAGAGUGCCAAUGUAUUGCAAUGCUUACAGAAGCUGAUUGAACAAACGGAAAAUCUACUCAUCAAUCAGGGAUUCAAUGCAUUGCAAUUGUUGGAAUUAAGAAAACUGGAUCUUUAUUCGAAUCUACAUUCAUUUGACAAUGGUAUAAUAACUCUUUGA